GCACCCCACUGCAGCACGGGUGCCUGCCACGGCUGGCACCGGCACAGGCUUCGGCUGAUGUGGGGUGCCAGAGCCGGGUGGGAUUUGGCCUGCUCUGGGUCAGCUGCUCCAGGGCUGGCCAGGCUGGGGGCAAGGCGGGGAGACCCCCGGGGCGGGGGGGGGAGCGAGCCCUCCCCAGGGUGCCCGGCGCAGCACCCCGCGCAAGUCCCGCUAUGGGGCCGGGUUCUGCGGGGUCGGUUUUGCAAAACCCCCAGGGCAGAGGGGAGCCGGGGAGCUGGGUGCCCGCAGGCUCCGGCGCCCCCGCCCCCGCGGGCCCGGUGCAGGAUGCGGCCGCCGUGCAGGGAAGCGGCCGGCGCUAGGGGGCAAACGCGGCCGCCGGUGCUGCCGGGGCUGCCGGGGCUGGGGGGGCUGCGGGGGCUGCCGGCGGGGCGGGCUCGGCCCAAAAAUGCUGCGGCGCACCCUGGGCUCAGCCCCCCAAAAUGCUGGGGUUGCACCCUGGGCUCAGCCCCCCAAAAUGCUGCGGUGGAUCCUGGUUCAGCCCCCCAAAUGUUGCAGUGUGUCCUGGGCUCAGCCCCCCAAAAUGCUGAGGUGGAUCCUGGUUUCAGCCCCCCCCCCCCAAAUGCUGUGGUGGACCCUGGGUUUAGCCCCCAAAAAUGUUCAGUGUGUCCUGGGCUCAGCACCCCAAAAAUGCAACUAUGUGCCUUGGGUUCAGCCUCCCCAGAAUGCUGGGGUGUAUCCUGGUUUCAGUCCCCCAAAAUGCUGCAGUGCACCAUGGGCUCAGCCCCCCUAAAAUGCAAUGGUGUGCCUUGGAUUCAGCCCCCACCCCAGCAAAUGUCUGAGGUGUGUCCUGGGCUCUGCCCCCCAAAAUGUAACAGUGUGCCUUGGAUUCAGCCCCCCCUCCCCAAAUGUCUGCAGUGCAUCCCGGGUUCAGGCCCCCUAAAAUGCUGUGCUGCACCCUGGGUUCAGCCCCCCAAAAUGCUGCACUGUGCCCCAGACUCAACCCUUGAAAGAUAUUGCAGUCCAUCUUGGACCCAGCCCCCCAAAAUGCUGCAGUGGCCCUGGCUCAGCCCCCCCCAAAAUGCUGUGGUACCCCAGCUUCAGCCCUCUAAAAAUGCUGCAGUGCACCCUAGGCUCAGUCCCUGAAGGAUGCUGCAGUGCCCCAGGCUGGGACCCCAGAAACGCUAUGGUGUGCCUUGGACUCACCCCCAAAAUGCUGCAAAGUGCUUCAGGCUCAGCCUUUUAAAAAUGCUGCAGUACCCCAGGCUCGGACCCCCAAAAUGAAGGGCCGUAGGAAGGCGACACACAAAAGCCGCCUGGAGAAGUGUUUGACUCGGGGCUCAUUUCUCAGCAUUUUCCUUCUCCAGUUUGUCCUGGCAAACUGGGUGGGAAUGGCAGAUGGGGGUGAGGGGUGCAGAGGUUGGGGGUACUGGGGGGAGUGAGGAGCUUUGGUGGGCUCCCGUCAGCUGCUGCUUCCCCAGCCCCUUUCCCAAGCAUUGUGUGGGGUCUUCCAGCUGGGGAGCAGAUCCCAUUUCUGGUGACGUGAUCAUUGUGGGGAUCCUUGGCAGGUCACCCACACAGGUCAGUGGGAGUGAUUGAGGGGUCCUGGUCACUCUGCCCACCCCAAAGGUGUCACCCCCCCCCCCCCCCUUGAGCCCAGGGAGACUUGGGGAUGCUCACGCUGUGAGGGGAAAAAGAGCAAGUGGGCCAGGCGUUUCAGGUUUGCCUUUAAAAUGCAUAUUGGAGACAACUGCCGAACACAUUCACCAAACAACAGACUCAAGCUAUGGAAAACCCUUCUUAAAUUGCCCGGGCUAGCUUCCCACAGCUCAGGACGCUUGCC